GUCAAAUGUGACAAAUAAAAUUUAUAGGUUAUGUUAUGUACGAUUAUAAAAAAAAAUCCAAUAAUUAUCGCAAAGUAUUUAUUGUCAUUAACUGUACAAUAUGUUUAUAACUAAUGUACUGCUUAAGAAAGCAAAAAGCAAACAUGUUAUGGUACUUAUGGAAAGUGUAGUUUCGGGUCAUAAAUUUAAUGCUAUUCGAGAGCGCUUAGCGGAUAAAUUGGAAUUGAUUCGCUAUGAUCCUUACAUUCAACAUGAGAGCAUAUACAAAGAAAGAAAGAAGAUAAGAAGCCUCAAGUAAUAAUACAUUUGCUUUAUUUAGAUUUAGUAGAUUAAGUAAUAGGUAAAUAAAACAUGUUCAUCUUGUUGAAAUAAUAUAAUUAUUUAACUUUAAAACAAUAAAAUCUUUGGGAUAUAAUGCA